UGGCGCCGCCCGACCAGCGAUAUGCAUUUUACUCACAUAUGGUCGCCUCACCAAAUGGAUAACGGAGACUCACUCCUGCAGAGCGAGGCGUUUUCCCUGGAGGAAAUUUUCGAGAGCGACAUAACGAAUGAGGAAAACAAAUCAAUCGUGGACUAUUUCAGGCAAGUUCAAAAUGAGAGGGACCAACUUCCAAGUACAGUCAGCGUGAGGAACAUAAAAGGAGCAGAACAAAAACAAGGUGUAAACAAUGAGGGGAAAUCCAAGUCAAAGCAUCAAAUAUUUGCAGUACUGGAUAAGUAUAAGGAGAUUAAUUUGACCAAGUACAACUGCUCCCCUUGGAAGGAGGGAGUUGUAAAUUAUGUGAGAAGUGUGAGGAUAUAUAUACACAGAAAAUACAACAAGAAAAUAAUCGAUGGGUUGAAGUAUCAUAGUGCUAAUUGUGAUGUCUUGUCGAAACUGAAAAGAAGGGAAGACUUAAUUUCUGUUUUUUCUUCUUCGCCGCUUUGCAUUCAUUUGUAUAUCUAUGGCAUUAAUUAUAAACAGGUGGUUCACUACCUCCAUGUGAUAGCUAGCCAUUUGGUUGAUCGGCAGAAGGGGCACUCGUGGAUUCUCUACGUCUGGAUUAUUUAUUUGCUCAUUUUGCUCGACUCGCUGCAGGCCCUGGACUCGAGCGUCUCCUCGGAUUUGCAGGCCAUCAAGCGGGCUUGCGCGGAAAGGGGGCACGUCGUACAGAAGCAAAGCGGUGUAGAGCAGCACAACGGUGUGGAGAAGCAAAUCGCCGCUGACCCAAACGAGCUAACCUUCCUGACCCAUUUUUAUUGCAACUCACCAAGUGCAAUAAGCAGCACGGCGUGCUCGUCCCACUGCCCCCAAUCCAUUUAUUACAUAAUUUACUACCUUAUCACGGAAAUAUUUAAUCAGAAAUGA